CUUUUGUAGAAUGCCUCCUUUGUUCACAACUUAUUUGUUCCACUUCCAUGUCUUUUUGUGUAGGAUGGUUUGGUGACAAUAUUGAGAGGAAGAGUACUAGAAAGAUUCUGGAAAUAUGUACAUUAGCUGCUUCUAAAUCAAGCAAGCCUACCGAUUUUACUGUAACGGUUUCCCAGAUGCUUUUUGUUGCGCAACACAUCAUGUGGUUCCCCGAGUAGUUACAGACAGAUUUUUGACAUGUUUAUCCCUCUCCAACAGCUCGAGUGUAGUUCCCCCUGACGUCUCAUCUGUUGGCAGGUGUUCAGAUACAGUAUGUGCUGUAUGUGUUUGUGAAUUUCAGAGCCCAGAUCAGGAAACAGGGCACAAAUAUGAAGGAGAGAAGUGGAGUUUUCAACAUGUGGAAAGUGCCGCUGGUGGGGAUGUGUGCGCUACUGCUGCUGAGCUCUGCAGGUUUUGUGUUUCUGUUGGUUCGGCAGAAAGAGCUGACGGAGGAGCUGGUCAGGUUGGACGCCCAGAUGCAGGAGCUGUCGCAGAGCUGCAAGCUGCAGGCAGGAACCCUGUCCGCGGACCCUGGAGAGGCUGCAGAGAUGAAGGCGCUCCGCCGCAGCAGAAGGAACCGGGAGGACGAACCGACCCAAAGUCAAGACAAGAAGGAUAUGCUGAUGCUCAUGACAUACUCCAUGGUCCCUGUCAAAUCCUUCAUGGACCUGUGUAGCAACUUCAGAGGAGUUUGUUUAACAGGUCCACCUGGACCUCCAGGUGUGCAUGGUAGAGCCGGUUCACCAGGGCCACAGGGUGUGCCGGGGCCGGAGGGGAGACGAGGAAGAAGAGGUCCUCCUGGUCAAAGGGGUCUGCCGGGUCCACCAGGCUUACCUGGUCCAGCCUGUCCUGUCUGUUAUUCUAGUCAAGUGAGAAAAAAGACCAUUGGAGGACAUGUUGAUCAAACCAACAUGCUCAUGGAUUCGUCACCUCCUUUCCUGACCGGGGAGGCCUUCAGUGACAUCGACACAGAAAACAUUAGCAGGCCAACAAUGAACAAGACUGAUUCACCAACACCACAUCCAGCUGAUGACGCCGGAAAUGUUGUGAAUGUUGCUGACUCUGAGAAACUUCUGGACACGAAAACGGAACCUGAGUCAGCAUCAUUUCAUCCAGACUACAGCCUCGGCACCUUGAAUGAUACCAACACAGGAAAUGUCACAGAGGCACCAGUAAAAUUAUCAACAGCCCUUCUUUCUGUGGACUUGGGUCGCAACAGUCAUACCGUCAAUGGCAGUGGAAAUAUUAGUGAUACCACAAUGAAAAGUGAGUUAGUAGAACCUCGUCCAGACUACAGACAUGACACCUGGAUUGAAACCAACACAGCACCAAUUAAAUUACUAACAGCCCCACUUUCUGAGGACCAGAACAGUGAUGCCUCCAAUGGCAGCAGAGCCGUUAUUGAUAAACCCAUGAAAAGUGACUUCCAGAACAAAAAGCUAAAUUUAACUAGCAAUGAGCGAUGGACAAAAACUGAAUUACCAAGACCACAUUCACCUGAAAACACCAGAGAUCUCUUGAAUGUUACUGACUCUAAGAAACUUCUAGACACAAAAACAGAACCUGAGUCAGUAUCAUUUGAUCAGGACAAGACCCAUGGCAACUUGAAUGAUACCAAAAGCAAAACUGUUACUGGGGCACCAAAUAAAUUAUUAACAACCUCACUAUCUGUGGAACUGGCUCAAAAGAGGGACAAUCUCAAAAGCAGUGGAAACAUUAUUGAUACACCCAUGGAAAGUGAUUCCUCAUAUCCAGUCCAGACCGUCAAAAAGAUCAAUGUGACAGCCAAUGAGAGAUGGACAAAAACUGAUGGAAAUAUUAAUACUAUUAACUGCUCUGAGAAAGCCAUCAAAAUGAAAAGCACUUUUGGAGCCUGGAUGUCAGAUGCAUCACAGCUGGAUAACGGUCGAUACUGGCUGGCCGAUCAUUUUUCAGGUCGAGUCUUGGUGGAGUACGAGAAUAUCUCAGCAUUUCAGAGCUCAGGCAACAAACAAACAAAAACUAUUGACGUCAAGAGGUUCUACCAGGGCUGUGGUCAUGUCGUUUACAAGGGGUCAUUUUACUACCACAAUGCAGGAACAAACAAGCUUAUAAAAUUUGACCUGAACACUGGGAGAACAGAAACUCUGACCAUGGCAAACAGCAGAUAUAACAACCUGACUUAUCUUUUCUACAACUCGAAGACGUACUUCAAGUUUGCUGUGGAUGAAAAUGGACUGUGGGUCAUUUUUGCGUCAGAUACAGAUGAUAAUACGAUGAUUGCAAAGCUAAACCCUGACACAUUCUCUACGGAGUCUGUCAUUAACACUGCCUAUCCUACAACUAAAGCAGGAAAUGCUCUCAUUGUCUGUGGGGUGCUAUAUUUUACAGAUGAUAAAGACAGAAGAGUGUCAUAUGCCUUUGAUUUAAAGAAAGAGAGUCCUUUUGAUGCAAGUUUUGAUUUAAGGCCAGCUAGUGGCAUCCUGGCUAUGCUGUCAUACUAUCCCAACAGAAAGCUUGUGUAUAUGUGGGACAACAGCAGUGUGAAAACCUGCAGAGUUAAAUUCAAAGUAACCUAAAAAUAACCGAAAACCUUGUAAAGUGAGCAAUAAAUUUUUUUUGAAAUAUUACAUGAAUUUCCAGAAACAGAUUGACACAGAUUUUGACAAAGGAGGAAGUUGCUGAUAGAGGUUUAAUAGGUUGCACCAGAUUUUGUUUGCAAUGAAUGUGUGAUGCAUUAGUCAAAUCAAGAUUACUUAGUAGUGACUACAUGUGUUGAUACCUAUAGACCACGAUGCUGGAUUUACGCAGCAUGAUAUGAAGAAUGGCAGUGGAAGAUUUGGACAUUGUAUCACGGAAGAAAAUGAUUUUGUUGAGAUUCACAGAGCCGCAACAGCCUGCAUUUAGGUUUUGUAACCUUCAUCCAGAUUUGUCCCAAUAUUAACUGUUUAAAUGGAUUUUUCAUGCUCAUGGUCAAAAUACUAUAUACAUACACGAUAUUUUCCUAAGUGUAUUUUGCGAUAUUGUAGAUGCAUGGUCGGUACAUGAUUAUGGAAAAACACAGAAGAAGGAACAAGGGCUUCAGCUGAGGGUUACACAUCAAGAGCUCAGAUUUCUACUGUCCUAAUGUUUGGGCACAGAGGAGAUCAGCAGAAACACUCACAACUAUGCUCAGAAGAGCAGUCCCUCUGAUCCAAAUAUGCACCAGGAAAGCAGCAUGCUUCAAUAUAAGAGACCUUCUGCUUGCAUAAAAGCCAAGGAUGGAUUACCAACUGGGCAAAGGGCCCCAAUGUGGUUGCCUGAUUUUGACAGAAUGCAGUUUUUUUCUGACUAUUGUUUUUAAUGCAUGUUUUAUUGUUUAUCUUAU